AUGACGAAAAAGCGCCAGCGAAGUGCUGAUGUUCAAACUUUGGACCACGUUUCGCAGUCGAUUGAACACAAGCAACAGAGCUCCACACUGACAACAUUGCAGGACGCGGCAGGACAAGAAGUGGCACUGCUGCCUAUCUACAUUGUGCACCGCCCCAAGCGCCAUCGCUGCGGUUCCGUGCGGUUUCAAUUCUUGCUUGAGGCGGUACUUGAUCUUGCCAAGUCGAUCGCAACCUGGGGCGGCCGCUUGCUGGUUCUGCGUGGAGACGCGGAGGAGGUGCUAUCUACAAUAAUGGUGGCCUGGUGUGUCGCCGACUUUUUCUUCGAGACCGGUGUGAUGCACUACGCCGUCGAGCGCGAUAACCGCAACGGCGGCCAUCCCCCCACAAUCUACGAGCGUCUGCUGGAAAUCACGGACAAGAUGGCACAACCAGCGGUGCCCAUUGGAGUGCCUUUAUCGCUUUCAAAUGCGACGAUGUUCAGUACGAGUGAACUGUUUGAAUUGCUUAGACAACAUGACAGCAGCACUGCUGAUGCCAUGGCUGGAUUUGACAUAGAUACGAGCAACGCCGUCUGCAAUUUGUUUGCUGUACCGCCACUCACGGAACUUGGCUUGGUUCCUCCAGACCCCCACACGCUUUUCAUUAAUGGGGAAAGCGAAGCGAUGAAGAGAUUGGACGUCUUCUGCGAGGAUGAACGGCGCGUCGGGCUUUUUGAAAAGCCAAAAACUUCUCCUGUCGCAGUGGACGCUACCUUGAGCUCAUAUCUGAUUUUUGGAUGUCUAAGUGCACGCGAAUUCUUCCAUCGCAUUAUGUGCAUUCAGCUUCAAUUCCGGAAUCGUCCAGAUCCCACACAGGCCACACUUGAGGGCCAGCUCAUGUGGCGCGAGUUUUUCUACUGUUAUGCGUGUAGCACGUCGAAUUUUGAUUCACAGAGGCGGAAUCCAGGACGCAAGCAAAUUGCAUGGAGGCUACUCGACGAAGAGUACGUAACACAUCCUGAAUUGGAUCAAAAUGAUCUUGACGGCGUGACGGAUGCGGACGAAAAGCUUGCGAUGCACCAACUGCAGUGUUGGAAGGACGGACGCACGGGGUUUUCUUGGAUUGACGAUGUUAUGCGACAGAUUAACCAGGAAGACUGGAUUCACUAUGCUGGGCGUCACGCAAUUGCUUGUUUUUUCACUCGCGGAGUACUCUACAUUUCGUGGUUGCGUGGCGCAGUAUACUGCCAGGGAAGAACAUCGAUAUGGACUGGCCGGUUAAUGUUGGGAACUGGCUUUGGGUGA